AGUGAAGUACCAAUCUCCGAACCAUUGAGCAGUCUCCUCUCGCCCCUAUGAUGGCCGCAACUUCACAAUACCAACUUGACGAAGACAAAAUCAGAAGAUGACUCACUUCACUGAUUCCUUUUUAUUCCUAUGACAUACUUUCCACAGAAACGUAAUCUUGGGACAGAUUCCACUUCCGGUGGCCGCGUUGCCGUAGUAACGAGCCCACACAACAAUCUUGGCAGUUAAUGGCAGGGUUGAACAUCCCACAGAUCCCCGAUGGGGAGUUCACGGCGGUCGUGUACCGGCUCAUCCGCGAUGCCCGGUACGCCGAGGCCGUGCAGCUGCUGGGCGGAGAGCUGCAGCGCUGCCCCAAGAGCCGCGCCGGCCUCUCCCUGCUGGGCUACUGCUACUACCGCCUGCAGGAGUUCGCGCUGGCGGCCGAGUGCUAUGAGCAGCUCAGCCAGCUGUACCCAGAGCUCGAGCAGUACCGCCUGUACCAGGCCCAGGCCCUGUACAAGGCCUGCCUGUUCCCAGAGGCCACUCGGGUUGCCUUCCUCCUGCUGGACAACCCCACCUACCACAACCGGGUGCUCCGGCUGCAAGCUGCCAUCAAGUACAGCGAGGGCGACCUGCCUGGGGCCAGGAGCCUGGUGGAGCAGCUGCUCAGUGAUGCCAUGAUCACUUGCCAGACAGCUCCCGAUGAAGCCUUCAUUAAGCUGGAUGGGCUGGCAGGGAUGCUGACAGAGCAGCUCCGGAAACUCACCAUACAAGUACAGGAAGCAAGACACAGCAGAGAUGAUGAAGGAAUCAAAAAGGCGGUGAAUGAGUACGAUGACACCCUGGAGAAGUACAUCCCCGUGCUGAUGGCUCAGGCAAAAAUCUACUGGAACCUUGAGAAUUACUCGAUGGUGGAGAAGAUCUUCCGCAAAUCUGUGGAGUUCUGUAACGACCACGAUGUGUGGAAGCUGAACGUCGCUCAUGUUCUGUUCAUGCAGGAAAACAAGUACAAAGAAGCCAUCGGGUUUUAUGAGCCCAUAGUCAAGAAGCAUUACGAUAACAUCCUCAGUGUCAGUGCUGUUGUAUUAGCUAACCUGUGUGUUUCCUACAUUAUGACAAGUCAAAAUGAGGAGGCUGAAGAGCUGAUGAGGAAGAUUGAGAAAGAGGAAGAGCAGCUCUCCUAUGACGACCCAGAUAAGAAAACCUAUCAUCUGUGCAUUGUGAAUCUGGUGAUAGGAACACUCUAUUGUGCCAAAGGAAAUUAUGAUUUUGGCAUUUCUCGAGUGAUCAAAAGCUUGGAACCUUAUAAUAAAAAACUAGGCACUGAUACCUGGUACUAUGCUAAGAGAUGUUUCUUGUCUUUGUUAGAAAACAUGUCAAAACACACAAUCAUGCUACGUGACAGUGUCAUUCAAGAAUGUGUUCAGUUUCUAGAAAACUGUGAACUUUACGGCAGAAACAUACCUGCUGUUAUAGAACAACCCCUGGAAGAAGAAAGGAUGCAUAUUGGAAAGAAUACAGUCACAUAUGAAUCCAGGCAGCUAAGAGCUUUGAUUUAUGAGAUCAUAGGCUGGAAUACUUGGUAAUAGCUGAAACCAACCCACAUCACAAUGGCUUUGUUAUCUAGG